UCCCCCUCUCCAUCUCUCUCCCUCUGUUUCUCUCUCACAUUCUUCUUUCUCUCUCUCCCUCUCCCCCUCUCGUUUCUCUUUGUUGAAGUUAGGGUUUUUCGAUCUCGGUUUACGAUUCUUGGAUUCUCGGUCAAACGUCUCCGGAUCAAGAUUCUCUGCUCUGUAAGUGACCUGAUAACUUGCUUGAACGAGAUUACAAAAUUCUUGAAGUGGGCACAAUAGAGUUGGAUUUGGACCAGUUGACGCGUGGCAUCUUUCAUGACGUUGCCAUCCUUGUUGUUUUAAACCGGAAGCUGAAUUUACUCAAGAGUAACUGUUUUUGGUUAGUUCAGCCUGGACAAGCUAUAUUCCAUUAUUAUCUUGGAGAUUAUUGUGAUUAAAAAUUAAUCCUGGGAAGGAAGCGCUUACACAACCAGAGGAGGAUUCCUUGUAUCCAUGCUGGCAGAGAGCAUGCGUGGCAUUUGUGCUUCGGGUAAUGCCCCUGACGAGAUUUGCUGCCGAUGCAUUCGGUGCGGUGACAAUUUGCCUAGUAGCCAUCUUGAUUCUUCUUGGUUUGUUUUGCAUUGCUUACUCACUUUACUUCCGUUCUCGCGUUCGUAAUCAAGACUUUGUUCAACUCACUUAUUUUAGCGGUCCUUGGAUUAUCCGAAUCACAUUUAUUUUGUUUGUGAUCUGGUGGGGUUUUGGUGAGAUUAUACGGUUAAGUUUGUUGAGGCGUGAAGGAAGAGUAUUGAAUGCCCUAGACUUGAAAUGGCAGGAAACGGUUUGCAAAGGCUACAUUGUUUCAAAUCUGGGAUUUGCAGAACCUUGUUUAUUUCUCACCCUAGUGUUUCUCCUUCGUGCUCCCUUACAGAAGAUGGAAUCAGGAAUCCUAAGUCGAAAAUGGAACAGAAAAACUGCUGGAUAUGUCCUUCUCUAUUGCCUUCCCAUUUUUGCUCUUCAGCUCUUCAUCAUUCUAAUUGGACCACAAUUGCGCAAGAAUAAAGGAUCCUUGCGAAAAUUGCCCCAUUAUUUCACAAGCACAGCCACUCCUAAGAUAGAAAAUGCUCCUGAUGUUAUUGCCCUCUGCACUUACCCUUUACUAAAUACCAUCCUCCUAGGGCUUUUUGCCACCAUACUAACUGUGUACUUGUUUUGGCUUGGAAGGCGGAUUUUGAAAUUGGUAAUCAAUAAGGGUUUGCAGAAGAGAGUCUACACAUUAAUAUUCUCCGUUUCAAGUUUUCUCCCACUAAGGGUUCUUUUACUUGGACUAUCUGUUUUAUCUAAACCAGAGCAUUUUCUGUUUGAAGCUCUUGCUUUCUCAGCCUUUCUUGCCCUUUUAUGUUGUGCUAGUGUGUGUAUUUGCAUGCUUGUGUACUGCCCAGUAGCGGAUUCUUUGGCCUUGGCCAAUCUUCAGGACUUGGAGGCGAGGAGAAGAUUAUUUGACGAGCACAAUGACACCAUUUCUCUCAUUGCUAACCAAAGCCAUCUUGAAGAAAGCAGCAGAGUAAGCCCUGGGAGAAACUCUGAUGCCUCAACAAAGCGUGGAUCGAUUUCUUUCCGAACUUAUGACAGGGAUGGGGCUUCAACAGGGCAAUUUGUGGAACUGAGCCUCUUCUCUCCAAGUCGAGAUGCAACCCCACCAGGAUCACCCCCUCUUCUUGGUUGGCCUAUGCGUCCGCCAAGGCAAGCACAAGGAUACUGAAAGUGGGCAAGAAACUGAGUACUCUUGGUGAAUAUCAAUUUUGUGGUAAAGAACAACUGAUUGUAAAGGGUUAGUUUCAAUAAGAAUUUUAUUCUUGGUUUGUUUUCUAAUUUUUAGAUAUGGUCAUGGUGCUUUUGGUUAAUGAAUUUAUCUGUUUUCUUUCCUUUUUGUCCCCUCCUUUUUCUUUCCUGUAAUCAAUUUUAUUACUAAUUGUUCAUUUGCACCCUUGUUAUAAUGAAUGCCUAUAUAUUAUGAUUA